AUGGGAACCCCACACCGUGGAAGUAAGCAAUCUAGAUCUGCUAUAGCCGCUGCGUCCUUGCUUGGCAUGUUUAUGGACACAAAUAUCAACCUCCUCGAAAUCUUGAACGAGAGCUCCGAGCUGCGUGACCGUUUGGACGAAGAGUUUCAGGCCUUGCAGGAAUUCAGGCGAAUCCCUACCAGCUGUUUCUGGGAAGCACUGCCGAGUAAGCGAGGAGGUAUCAUUGUGCCCAAAGAAUCUGCGACACUUGACGGGGACAGGGGACGAGCUAUACAUGCGGAUCACAGCAGCAUGGUAAAAUUUACUAGCGCAACAGAUGAAGGCUACAAAGCUGUGAGGAGCACGAUCAAAGACAUGUUAAGUAUAGCAGAGAAGCAACCUGCGCCCCUGACACAGGGGCUUCCGCAACGCAAGGCAGGCCAUGCAGAUAAGUCGAGUGUUUGGUUCCUUUCGCCCUCCAAAAACCCGAAUUUCUCAGGAAGAAAGUCAGAGCUUGAAAAAUUAAACAACUGCUUGGGUGUAAGUGUGACUGGCCCUACAGAGACGAGCCACAUACGAGCAGCCAUUUGGGGAGCUGGAGGCAUUGGAAAAACACAGCUAGCAGCGCAGUGGGUAGCUGAAAUGAAUGAGAAACAUGCACAAUCGGUAUUUUGGGUACAUGGGGGCAGCAUUGAACGAUUUGUCGAGUCAUACGCCAAGAUCGCCCGUUGUUGCAAGAUUCCGGGGUGUGACGUCGAUAACCCACAGCUUCCUCAAUCUACCAUGCUUCAAAAUCUCAAGAAAUGGUUUGAAGAUCAAGCGCAGAAGCAUUCUUGGGUAAUGGUGGUUGACAAUGUUGACGACGUUAAGGUAUUUGGUGAAACCAAGGAUCAAGAUACAGUACCAGUAAUGCUGCGAGACUAUCUUCCGAGCUGUGACCAUGGAUCUAUACUCUUUACCACUCGGAGCAGAGAGAUAGCGGAUAUUCUAGCAGACCCAGGCAAAAUUGUCAUGGUCGAUGAGAUGACAACCGACGACUGCAUCGAGUUGAUGCGAAAAAAGCUCGCUUCCGCUGAAUACGAUGAUGCGAACCUGGCAGAAUUAGCAGCGGAACUCGAAUAUCUACCAUUGGCCUUGAUACAAGCUACGGCCUAUUUGUCCAAGAGAAAGGAGCAGAUUCCGAGCUACUUGCAGCGUUUGAGACAUGGUCGAAGCCUGAUUGUAAACCGACACCAUGAAGCUGAAGCCACGGUCCUCAAAGAUGAAGACGGGAGGUACAGCGCCGUGGCAAGAACGUUGAUAAUAACCUUCGACGCGAUCCAGUCGGAGAAUACUCUAGCCAUGGAGCUUCUCAAACUUAUGAGCUUCUACGAGAGGCAGGAAAUACCUCGGUCACUCUUCAUCUGCUACGCACACAACUAUGAGCUUUUUAACACUGGAAUAUUUGUCCGUGGCCCUGAAUGGGACGACUGGCAGCCAACAGGAAGCAUACUCCCGCCUACAGACGAUCAAAUUAACGAAGCCUUGUCGCUUCUUGAGCAGUACUGUGCCUUAACUAAAGGUCGUGACGAAGGAGCCAUGACAUUGCAUCGUCUAGUUCAUAUUGUACUUCGAAGCCAGGUAAAGAGAAACCACGACACGGCGAGAGAAAUGGCAGCCAAAGCCAUGGCUAUUAUGUGCAAUACGUUCCCCGUACCCAACGCCGACAAUUGGACCGAGAUGCAGCAACUCAUGCCACAUGCCAAAGCAGUGCUAAACGAACAGGAUAUGGAACUGAACGGUGGACUGGCAAUCAACAGCAAAUUCAGGCUUCUCAGCCACAUCACCGAGUUUGUCUCACAGUUUCUCCAAGACGAAAAUCAACCCAUAGAUCCAUUAUCGCCAGUUUGGGAGGGUGUAUUGAACAAGAUGGACGAGGUUAUAGGAGUCUAUCACAGUCGGAGCCUGCAGGCCAAGCUGGACCAUGUUCGGUUCUUUCAACCGGAUAAUCGCGAUAGAGUCAAAUCACUCGCCACAGAAAUACAGGAAAAGAUUGGAGAUGACGAGCAUUGGUUGUCAACCAAGACAAAUCUUGCAUCUAUUCUGUACCGCUCCGGGUACAUGGCAGAGGCUGGCUCCUUUCUAGACUCAUUCAUCGACCAGGUAUUCAAAAGCAAAGGGUCGGCAAACCCCAUAACGAAUGCAGCUGUGUGGUACCGCGCGCGUGCAUUCGCAAUGCUAGGUCAACUCGACGAGGCACUGGCCCUGAUAAGAGAGCGAAUGCGAGUCCAAGGACAAGAGACGGCAGAUUAUUCAGUCGCUCGUCUCGUGCUUUUCGCUGGGCUUUUAAAUGCUGCGUCUGGAAACGAUGACGAGGCCUUGGGUCUAUGGACACUGUACAUGCGUCAGGUUGAGCGUUUUUGGGCACAAGAUCAUUUGAUGGUUGUGGACCACAAAGAACAGCUUCGCAGGGCUAAGGAAUCUUUCUAUUCGGGCCGCCCUAUUUAUGAGAGCAAUUACGAGGCCCUGCGCCACAGAGAAUCAGCUGACAAGCGAAAAGGCUCUAGCAAGGAUACACGCCCUGAUAAUACUAGUACAUCGACCCGGAUAACAAGUAUUCUCAGCCAGUAUAGCAAGGGACAGGCACAACAUGAUACGCUUAUCAGCCAUGACUGGCGAUGUGCGUGGUCCUGGACCUAUUUUCCAGCUCUUAAACAAGACUGGGCAUUGUGCAAGCGAGAGCUAGAGGCAGAUGGCUUUGAUAUCGGGCCGCCAUUGGAGAAUACGGAAUGA